CCAGUACUGACGGCGGCACUGACAGAGGCACACCGACCGUCGACCAAACGGACCGCGUCGCGCGCGGCUGGAGCGGUGUUCAGUAAUCAGCGGCACAGAGCGGCUGCAGUAGUGACAGGUCACCGCGGCGUGUGAGUGGGGUGAGGGAGGAGGUAUAGGAGAUUUUAUCAGAGGAGGUAAACCGCUACUGAGAUCUGGACAUCGGAACUGCAGCGAAGAAAGGUGACCAUGCAGGUCCCCGGGUUUCUGGUGACGGUGCUGGUCCUCGGAGGGCUCCUCUGGACCAGCUACUUCCACGUGCUCUGGUACGGCAGUCGACUGGAGUAUGUCGGAGGCUACUCCUGCACGGACCAGGUGAUUCAUUACGGAGAAUUUGAAAUCACGGACCUAUGCUCCAACCGUGAGACCGACAACAAAAUAAAUGUGACGGAACGCGAUGGGAACACGCAGGGUGCGUCCAACAGCUCCGGGUCCGGGCCGGCCCUGGGCUCCACUCCGGACUCCGGCGAGCUGGAGGAGCCGACCUCGACCCUGGAGCGGCUGGCCCCGGCCAUCGCAGAGUGCUUCGCCGUCAUCCUCUGCGGAUAUCUGGCCGGUCGGAUGGGGCUCAUACGUCCAGAUGAGAUAUCCGGACUGAACAAAUUCGUCGGCAACUUCGUACUGCCUGCGCUUAUCUUUCUGUCACUGGCAAAUCUCAACUUCGGGGACGUCAACUGGGGCUUCCUGGUGAUCCUGUACGGUGCCAAGGCGCUGGUGUUUGUGCUGGUGGUGUUGGUGACGGCGGUGGCGUCCUACCCGACCAACGUCGGCAGGGCCGGUCUCUACGGCAUCUUCUGCACGCAGUCCAACGACUUCGCGCUCGGCUACCCUCUCGUUCAGGCGCUGUACGCCAAGACGCACCCGGACUACGCCAGCUACCUGUACCUGGCGGCGCCCUCGUCUCUGAUGCUGCUCAACCCCAUCGGCUUUCUGCUGCUUGAGCUGCAGCGCGCCCGCUCGGCGGCCAAGGUGUCCUCCUCGUGGUUCGAGACCGGCCAGCGCGUGCUCACCGGCAUCGGCACCAACCCGGUCGUCUUCAUGACGUUUCUGGGCAUCGUGGCCAACGGCGUGUUCGACCACUGCCUGCCAAACAUCCUCGAGGGAAUCCUCAAGGUGCUGGGCCAGGCGUUUUCCGCCUCCGCGCUGUUCAUGCUCGGCAUUCAGAUGGUGGGCAAGGUGAAGUCGAUGAAGGGCUCCACUCUGCUGGUGCCCUUGAUCCUGAUCUCCGUCAAAUGUUUCUUCCUGCCGCUGAUUGUCCGUGGCCUGCUGGUGCACUUUCCGCCCCCGGGGGAGAAUAUUCGCGACUUCCAGGACUACGGCUUCCUGAUCGGCACCUUCCCUACAGCACCGGGCGUCUUCGUCUUCGCCAAGCUCUACAACAUCGACGUGGACAUGCUGUCCAGCGCGCUGGUGGCCUGCACGUUCCUGGCGAUGCCGUUCAUGCUGCUGUCGGCGCGGAUGGCCUCCAUCGGCCAGGUGAACGUCGCCGCCUACGUGUCGUCGCUGCGCCGCUUCGUGCUGCACAUGACGUCUGUGGGCGCGUGCACGCUGGCCUGCGUGGUGCUGGUGCUGCUCAUCACCAGGAAGCACCGCCGAGUGCCCUACCAGACCACCGUCCACCUGCUGGCCGCACAGCUGCUGGCGGCCGUGGGCGCGCUGCUCUGGUACUCGCUCGAGGACGACGUACCGUGGCAGCUGUACCUCAAGUACACCGUGUUCACGCUCGGCCAGUUCGCCGGCCGCGUGUGGGCCGCCCUGCUAGCCGUGACCCUGACCCUGGUCAGCCGGUACACGGUGGGCGUGGUACAGCGGCUGCGCACGGCCAGCCUGCUCAUCGGAUGGGGCGUUCCUGCCCUCCUCACGAUCGGCGUGUUCGCGGGGUCCGAGUAUGAGGGGUACGCGAUGGCCAACCAAACAACCAGCACCAACUUCAGCGUGGUGCCCGUGUACGUGCGGACCAACCCCAACAUGGGCUUCGGCGUCGGCCAGAUCCACACCAACUUCGCCGUCCAGUUCGUCUGUCUCAUCGUUGUGGUCGUCAAUCUGAUGCUGCACAACCGCUACAAAAACGAGUACGUCACCUACGUCAGUUUGGAGGAGACCGCGGAGACCGCGGAGACGGCGGCCGGCGGCCGGCCGGCGCCGCCUCCCUCGGUGCGCUCCGGCUCGUGCCGUAGUCGCCUCUCCGUGACCUCCCAGGUGUCUACCACCACCUCCCUGGGCACCUCGGUGGCGGCCGGCGGCGGCGAGACAGUCGCCCCCGCCCCCGCCCCCGCCCCCGCCGGCGGAGCGGCCCCGGCCGCGGCGGGAGCGGCCACCGGAGCCGCCCCCGCCCGGCGCCCGCCGCCCCGGCCUCUGCUGAAAACCAGGAGCCAACUGCAGGUGGAGCAGGCGUUCCUGAACGAGGCCCAGAGGAAGGCCUCCGCCCCCGAGCUGACCACGGGAAGAGACCUCCCUCCCAAACCGAUGCUGGCCACCCGGACUCAAUCGGUGCCCUCCAAGAUGACGAAAAGAAAGAUUUCGGCGCGGGAGCAGCUGACGCUAUCGUUUUCCGUGAAGCCAACUUCACUGGGCAGUAACUGGAAACUAGACGACAGGAGCACGCCUCCCCCGCCGGCGACCGCAGAGGUCAAGGAGCUCUCCUUCAGCGUCAAGAAGCUGAAGAAGCGCGACUCGGAGCUGUCGGCGGGCUUUGUGAUCCAGUGCGAUGCCACCGGCUGUCAGCUGAGGAAGAAAAUAUCGCCCUCCGUGACACAGCCCUCCGCCGCGGACGACGACGCCGUAUCGUCCGUAUUCGGAGCCGGUUCCAGCGUCAUGUCUCCGUCCUGCGAGGACACGAUCUCGGUGGCCAGCGGCGAGACAGACCUCAGCGCCUUCAGCAGCGUCUCCCACAGCACGGCCGCCUCGUUCGCCACCCGGCCGCCGUCGGCAGCCUGCAGCCUGUACAACCCGGAUACCCGCGCGGUGGACUCUGACGCCCUGAGACUGGACUCGGCCAAACUCCCCACGGAGAGUUCGAGUGUCAUCCGCGACAGAGACGAGGAGUUUCACACACUCCGACACACUCUGCUUCUCGUCUCACUCGCCUGGUCCAUGGUCGUGAGCAUGUUUCUGUGCGGCUGCAGCCUGCCGGUCCAGCGGGAGGGCAAGAUGGGCGGCGUCUACAUCCAGCUGACGUUCAUCGACACCAUCAUCAACUUCGGACAGGGCAUCCUGGCGUUCUUUGUGCUCGGUCUGGACCCCGAGGCGCUUCUGAUGCCGCUCAGAAAACGUUGGAUGAGCCUGCGUUACGGCUCCUCGUGUCUCUCCGGCCACUGGUGGAGACGCAGCUCUCCCAGCUCGGGCCAGGAGGCCGAGCUGGUCUGUCAGAAGUUCAUCGAUUUCUACCUGGACCAGUGCAAACAGGAGCUGGUCAGAGACCGCAGGGUGCAGCAGAAGCUGUACCACGACGUGUUCAUGGGCACAGAGCUGGUGGACUGGCUGCUGGUGCAGGGCCUGGCCGGCAGUCGGCGCGCCGCCGUCAGGUACGGCCGCCACCUGCUCGACGGCGGCAUCAUCGAGCACGAGCAGCGUCGGUACGCGUUCCACGACCGGCCCUUCUGGUACCGUCUGGCGGCGCCGUUCGGAGAGGACGGAAGCCUGCAGGCCGAGGCGAAAAUCUCCAGCGGCUCCGCGCACCGCGCCAGACCGGCCGCCACCAUCGUCAACGUGGACUGAGGCGCGCCGCAAACCCUCCACCAGAGGCCAGGUGGACUGGGACGGGACACAGGUCCUUCGACACUGGCAGCGGGGCCAAUAAGGCGCGUCACAGGUUCGCCAUCAGAUGUCGCGUGAGGUCUCAGGUCUCGGCUCGUCGUGGCGCGAGUGACGUCAGCUGCGACGUCGCUAAUGGUCGUCACUGAAUGAUGUCGACUGAGGUCGAGUGCUCGGAGCGGACGCCGGGCUGGUAUUAUGUUUCGUUGUUUGACAUGUUGCAGGGAUUGUGCAGUGUGGACGUGAAAAACGU